AUGGAGUACCUUAAACUUAACAUUUCUGGUACAGUGAGUUCCACGUUGGAGAAAGAGGCAUACCCAGCUUUAGAUGAACUGUCAUCCAAAGUCAGCACUCUUAAUCUUGAGCGUGUAAGACAAAUAAAGAGCCGGUUAGUUGCUAUUUCUGGUCGGGUUCAAAAGGUUAGGGAUGAACUAGAACACUUGCUUGACGACGACAUGGAUAUGGCAGCCAUGCACCUAUCGGAGAAGCUCGCUUACCAGAUAACACCAGAAAGGGCUCAAAGGUGGAUAUCAGCCAAGGAGCUGCACUAG